AUCAUCCGAGUGCAGUCGCCGGAGGGAGUCAAACGCAUCACGGCCACGAAGAGGGAGACGGUGGCAACGUUCCUCAAAAAGGUUGCAAAGGAAUUUGGCUUCAGGAAUAAUGGCUUUUCCGUGUACACCAACAGGAACAGGACAGGAGAGAUCACAGCAGCACAGAACAAAUCCCUCAACCUGCUCAAGAUCAAGCAUGGAGAUAUGCUGUUCCUGUACCCCUCAAGCCCUGCUGGCUCCUCCUCAGAGACCAUGGACACCUCUGUCUCCCAGAAUUCCCGGCCUGGAGGGGCUCCCCAGGUGGUGGAAGAUGAGAUUGAUCAGUACCUGAUCAAACAGGAUGGGAAGAUCUAUCGGAACAGAGACCAGCAGCUGUGUCGCCAUGGCCCUUUGGGGAAAUGUGUGCACUGUGUCCCACUGGAGCCCUUCGAUGAGGAUUAUUUGAACCAUCUGGAACCUCCUGUGAAGCAUAUGUCAUUCCAUGCCUACAUCAGGAAGCUGACUGGAGGGGCAGACAAGGGGAAGUUUGUGGCCCUGGAGAACAUCAGCUGUAAGAUCAAGUCGGGGUGUGAGGGACACCCUCCCUGGCCCGAGGGGAUCUGCACCAAGUGCCAGCCCAGUGCCAUCACCCUCAACAGACAGAAAUACAGACAUGUUGACAACAUCAUGUUUGAGAACCACACAAUUGCAGAUCGCUUCCUAGACUUCUGGAGGAAGACAGGGAACCAGCACCUGGGCUACCUGUACGGCAGGUACACGGAGCACAAGGACAUCCCCCUGGGCAUCCGGGCAGAGGUGGCAGCCAUCUAUGAGCCCCCACAGAUCGGCACACAGAACAGCCUGGAGAUCCUGGAGGACCCGAAGGCCGAGGUCGUGGAUGAGAUCGCGGCGAAGCUUGGCCUGAGGAAGGUCGGGUGGAUAUUCACUGACCUGGUCUCGGAGGACACACGGAAAGGGACUGUUCGGUACAGCAGGAACAAGGACACCUAUUACCUGAGUGCAGAGGAGUGCAUCACAGCUGGCAACUUCCAGAACCAGCAGCCCAACAUCUGCCGCCUCUCUCCAGAUGGGCAUUUCGGAUCCAAGUUUGUCACAGUUGUGGCCACAGGGGGCCCUGACAACCAGGUGCACUUUGAGGGGUACCAGGUGUCCAACCAGUGCAUGGCCCUGGUGCGGGACGAGUGCCUCCUGCCCUGCCGGGACGCGCCGGAGCUGGGCUACGCCAAGGAGUCCAGCAGUGAGCAGUAUGUGCCUGAUGUGUUCUACAAGGACAUAGACAAGUUUGGGAACGAGAUCACCCAGCUGGCUCGGCCCCUGCCCGUCGAGUACCUCAUCAUAGACAUUACUACAACUUUCCCCAAGGAUCCGGUGUACACUUUUUCUAUUUCUCAAAAUCCAUUCCCCAUCGAGAACCGAGACGUGCUGGGAGAGACUCAGGACUUCCACAGCUUGGCCACGUACCUGUCCCAGAACACUUCUUCCAUUUUCCUAGACAUCAUUUCUGAUUUCCAUCUGCUCCUCUUCCUGGUCACAAACGAGGUCAUGCCUCUGCGGGACAGCAUCAGUUUGUUGCUGGAAGCUGUGAGGACCAAAAAUGAGGAGCUUGCACAGACCUGGAAAAAAUCUGAGCAGUGGGCGACCAUCGAGCAGCUCUGCAGCACGGUGGGUGUCCCUCUCUCGGGGCUGCAGGAGUACGGUG